AUGUCUUUAAAUACGGCACAUCUUAAUGGUGGUGUGCUUAUACACAAUGGAGAACAAAUAUUGUUGUUUUCGGAGAAUGUGAGUUUAGAAUGGUCCGGACAAGCAGUGAGUGUCUUUCAAAGCACUAAGAAGGGAAGCAUUUACUUGACCACUCAUCGAGUUAUCUUCAAUAGCAAAUCCACAACAGAUGAAAUGCAAAGUUUCAGUUUCCCCUUCAUUACUCUGAGUGAAGUGGAAAUUGAACAACCAGUUUUUGGGGCAAAUUACAUAAAAGGGAAAGUAAGAGCACAGCCUAAUGGCAAUUGGGUAGGAGAAGCAAAGUUUAAGAUGACAUUCAAGCAUGGGGGUGCCAUCGAAUUUGGACAGGCUUUGUUGAAGGCAGCUCAUUUAGCAUCAAGAGGCGGCAUGCAAGCCCCGCCACCCUAUGUUCCUCCACAAACUCAAUGGUACGCUGCUCCACCGCCGGCUUAUGCUCCACCCCCACAAGGUUAUUACGGCUGGACGCCGCCCACUAACGUUUUCCCGCAGCAACCGCCCGCGGGCGGCGUCUUCAUGACGGACGCACCGCCCCCGUAUCCCGGCAUCGCGCCCGGCUUCCAGCCUCAGGGCGGCUACGGCCCGCCCCAGGGCGGCUAUCCCGCCCCCGGCUACCCGGGACCCCAUCAGGGAUCCGCCAACGGGGCAGCCGGUGGAUUCCAGAGUUCGGCAGAUGCCAAGGCUGCUGAAGCUGCUCAAUCGGCUUAUUAUGAUCCAAAUCAGCCCCAAAUGGCUUAUAUUCCACCUCCAGCUUAUUAUGAAAAUCCUCCUAGCUACAAUCAGGCUACCAACAAGAAAAGUCAAUAG